UUAGAACUGCAGAAGUCCCGUUAGCCGGGGAAACACAAUAGCACAGAGGUUCCCAUUGCUUGGUGGCUGUCUUCAACUUCAAUCUCGACAAUCUCUCUCUCUCUGUUUCUCAAAUAUUUUUUGGGGGCUGCUCAGUUCACCCUUUUGUAGAACGUAUAAGCAAUCCCAUGGCAUUGGGUCGUGUUUUCCCAACUUUUACUCAGUUUCACCUUACUCUUUGCCCCAGUCUCCAGUCCUCAACGGUCAGAAAAACCUUUUUGGCGCGAAGCUCCAACGGUCAGGGGCACUCUUCCAAUGGCUCUGUCUCUGUCCAAAAGAAGAAAACCUUUCCUGGGAAGCCAGAGGCUGAUGUUGUUAUAAUUGGGAGUGGUAUUGCUGGGUUGUGUUGCGCCGGGCUCUUGGCAAGGUAUGGCCAAAACGUUCUUGUAUUGGAAAGUCAUGAUCUACCUGGGGGUGCUGCUCACUCGUUUGAAAUAAAAGACUACAAAUUUGACUCUGGUCCAUCUUUGUUCUCUGGUUUUCAGUCAAGAGGUCCUCAGGCGAAUCCUCUUGCACAAGUUCUCGAUGCAUUGGGUGAAUCACUACCAUGUGCCAAAUAUGAUUCAUGGAAGGUCUACAUACCUGAAGGUGAAUUCUUGUCACGCAUUGGCCCCACAGAAUUCUUCAAGGACCUUGAGAAGUAUGCAAGUCCAGAUGCUGUUCGGGAAUGGCAAAAACUUCUUGAUGCAGUUCUUCCAUUGUCUGCUGCAGCAAUGGCUCUGCCUCCUCUAUCUAUCAGAGGUGAUUUUGGAGUUCUUUCUACUGCUGCAGUUAGAUAUGCCCCCUCUCUCUUGAAAUCUUUUGCACAAAUGGGACCACAGGGAGCCCUUGGCGCUACAAAGCUUCUCAGACCUUUCUCAGAAAUUAUUGAUUCAUUGGAACUAAAAGACCCUUUUAUUCGGAAUUGGGUGGACCUAUUGUCUUUCUUGCUUGCUGGGGUGAAAACUAAUGGUAUACUCUCAGCAGAGAUGGUUUACAUGUUUGCAGAAUGGUACAAGCCGGGUUGCUGUCUUGAGUACCCACUUCAUGGAAGUGGGGCAAUUGUUGACGCUCUUGUCCAUGGAAUGAAGAAGUUUGGUGGACGGCUUUCCCUUGGAAGUCAUGUGGAGAAGAUUGUCAUUGAAAAUGGUUGUGCCACUGGAGUGAAGUUGAGAAGUGGACAACUUGUUCGAGCUAAAAAGGCUGUUGUGAGCAAUGCAAGUAUGUGGGACACCUUAAAGCUGUUACCUAAGGAAGUUGUUCCAAAGUCAUACGUGGACAGGAUCAACAUGACCCAGCAAUGUGAAUCAUUCAUGCAUCUACAUUUGGGAUUUGCCUCGGAGGGCAUAAGCGAGGACUUGGGAAUACAUCAUAUAGUUGUAAAUGAUUGGGAGAGAGGGGUUGAUGCCGAUCAGAAUGUUGUUUUGAUAUCUGUACCUAGUGUACUUAGUCCAGAUCUAGCACCCCCUGGUAAACAUGUAUUACAUGCCUAUAUGCCAGGAACCGAACCUUUUGGACAGUGGGAAGGACUUGAUCGCAGAAGCACUGAAUACAAAAAUCUCAAAGCAGAACGAUCAGAGGUUAUGUGGAGAGCUGUGGAGCGUGUACUUGGUGCUGGCUUCAGCCGUGAGAAGUGUGAGGUCAAGUUAGUCGGAACUCCAUUGACGCAUCAGAGGUUUCUUAGGAGGCAUAGAGGAACAUAUGGCCCGGCCAUACAAGCUGGUAAAGACUCCUUUCCUGGGCAUUCAACUCCCAUCCCGCAGCUUUAUUGCUGUGGAGAUUCUACUUUUCCCGGCAUUGGAGUCCCUGCAGUUGCUGCUAGUGGUGCUAUUGUGGCCAAUUCACUAGUUUCUGUGUCUCAACACUCCCAACUUCUUGAUGCCAUUGGUAUUUGAACGCAUUGGUUGGUGAGUUCCCCCCCAUAUAUUACUCCCUGACUGGAAAUGUUCUUGUUUCCCAGCAUUUUGCUUCAAAUUCUCUAAUGUCCGAUAUAUUACACAUACCAACUCGAUGAGUUUGGAUAUGUUACGUGUGAAAACAGGAAAUACCAAAAAGGAGAUAUAUUUAUAAGAAUUUAGUGCUGCAAUAAAAGUGGAAUCCCAUUAAAAUCGCUCCUUUGUUAGUUUAAAGCAUGAAAUGUGACCAUUUGACAUCUCGAAGAGCCAUCGUUAACAUGCAGCAGCCUGGCAUGGGCCUUUUUUAGCUUUACCAUCAUCAUUUGAUGUAGCUUUGAGUUUGUUAUCUCGUUUGUAUUUUCCUUUAUUUUCUUCUUCUUUUUCCAUGUUUAUGUAUCUAUAUGUAUGAAUUCGAUCCUUUGCUUUGAUGGAUGCUAGCCAACUAGGCCUUUUUUAUGAAACUAAAAUUGAGGAGCACUGGUUUUAUUGAUUAAGACCAUUCAUUUCAAUUGGAGGACCACCUUGUGGCCUAAAAUUAUAUUAUUCCUAUACCUUUCAAGCUUUUUGCAAACAUCACCUUACUCCUUUGCACACCAAAAUCAACUUUUCUUUGGAAAUUCAAAAUAACUAGUAAAUGAGACUGAGAUGAAUGAAAAAUUAAUGCUAAUUCCUGAAUGGUACUAGUUCCUGAAUUAUAUACCCUAUUAUAUCAACUAUGUUUAUGAAUUUUAAGAUAAAAUUUAUUUUAUAAGGAGAGUUAUGUAAAUUCAUUGUAUGCAUCCGUCCAAUUAUUAGAUGAACAACUUCAUAGAUCAAAGAAUAAUUAAAUUAUCUUUUAAAAUACAGCAAAUAAUUCAUGCCCAUUCAUUUAUUAUUUAAGGGAGAAAAAAAGGUCAACCAAAUGCUAUGGAUUUGUCCCAUUAUUGAAGAUGUUGACCCCUGCUGUACUGAAUCAUGACGUUUUAGAUGGGACCCAUAGGGUGGAACUGGUUAUGUAUCACAUUAUCCGCCACGUAUCGAAUUUUGAGCAUGAGAACUCAUCCAUGAUUGUUGUAAUUGUUAGUAUGGGUCUAUGGGAUGAUGACGUGAGGUCAGGAACUAGCGAAGGUGACGCCACGUGGCUGUGACUGUUUUUUCAAGCUUUGGAAAAGACAAGACAGGACACAACAGAAUAAAAAUGUCACUAAUCAUGAUGUUGUAUCAAUUGAACCCUACACUCAUCCCUAUCUAUUUAUUUAUUUAUUUUCAUUUUAAUAUAUGCUCAAAUAUUCUUAACGUAGAAUUUUGAUUAAUAAUUCAAAAUUUGUUGGCAUUAAGAUUAAAAGAUUUUUUUGGAGCAAAGUUAAUCAUUCAUCAUUACUUGAAUGAAAUUCCUUGAAUAUCCUUUCUGAGAUCGUCUAAUAAGCAUGCUUAUAUUGUAACUCACUCGUGUAUUUCUUUUCCUUUGGAACUGAAGGAAGCGUUUGUCAGAGAAACCGUAAUAGAAAAGUCAUUGGAAACAGCAAUGCCCAAUUUUGCAGUACUAUUCUUGUUACUUCUCUUCCCAUUCUGACGACACUCUUUAUUGUUUUGGAGUCUGUGAGGAAAAACAAAAACAAAAAUUAGAAGAAAACUUGAUUCAGAAUUUGACAUCGAAAAAUCUUCCAAGUUCAAAAAAAAAUGCCCGAGCUCCGAUUCCAAUUCUUCGCUCCGAGACGCGUACAGG